GGGAGGGCCGGUGGGUGGACUCGGCUGGGCACGGGCAGCGGCGUUCGCCUCAGUGCUGGCGACCCCUCAGUCUUGCGUGCCCGCCGUUCACCGUGUGAAGACCGCCCUCGGAAACGUGGAGUCGCGUUUAGGAAUUUUCCUGUCCCCCCGCUGUGGGCUAGGCAGGUCUGUCACGAGAUGAGGCCCCUUCCUCCCACCAGUGCUUUCUCCCUCAGCGUGGGGAGAAGCGCGGUCUUUUGGGAACACUGCCUUGCAUAGCCGGCCUUAUACCCAGAUACUCGUUUUGUAACCAUGAAUAUGGUUUCUAGUUUUAGGGUUUCUGAAUUACAAGUGUUACUGGGCUUUGCCGGACGGAAUAAAAGUGGGCGCAAGCAUGACCUCCUGAUGAGGGCGUUGCAUCUAUUGAAGAGUGGCUGCAGCCCUGCGGUUCAGAUUAAAAUUCGAGAAUUAUAUAGACGCCGAUACCCACGGACACUUGAAGGACUUUCUGAUCUAUCCACAAUCAAAUCAUCGGUCUUUAGUUUGGAUGGUAGCUCAUCACCAGUAGAACCUGACUUGGCUGUGGCUGGAAUCCACUCGUUGCCUUCUACUUCAAUUACACCUCAUUCGCCAUCAUCUCCUGUUGGUUCUGUGCUGCUUCAAGACACUAAGCCCACAUUUGAAAUGCAGCAGCCAUCUCCUCCCAUUCCUCCUGUGCAUCCUGACGUGCAGUUAAAAAACCUGCCCUUCUAUGACGUCCUUGAUGUUCUCAUCAAGCCCACAAGUUUAGUUCAAAGCAGUAUUCAACGGUUUCAAGAGAAGUUUUUUAUUUUUGCUUUGACACCUCAACAAGUUAGAGAGAUAUGCAUAUCAAGGGAUUUUUUGCCAGGGGGCAGGAGAGAUUAUACAGUUCAAGUUCAGCUGCGACUUUGCUUGGCAGAGACCAGUUGCCCUCAAGAAGAUAACUAUCCCAAUAGUUUGUGUAUAAAAGUAAAUGGGAAACUCUUUCCUUUGCCUGGCUAUGCACCACCACCUAAAAAUGGGAUUGAACAGAAGCGCCCUGGACGCCCCUUGAAUAUUACAUCUUUAGUUAGGUUGUCUUCAGCUGUGCCAAAUCAGAUUUCUAUUUCUUGGGCAUCUGAAAUUGGAAAGAAUUACUCCAUGUCUGUGUAUCUUGUACGACAACUCACAUCAACCAUUUUACUACAGAGAUUAAAAAUGAAAGGUAUUAGGAAUCCUGACCAUUCCAGAGCACUAAUUAAAGAAAAACUUACUGCAGAUCCUGAUAGUGAAAUUGCUACAACUAGUCUUCGUGUCUCUUUGAUGUGCCCUUUAGGAAAAAUGAGGCUGACAAUCCCAUGCCGUGCAGUGACUUGUACACAUCUGCAGUGUUUUGAUGCUGCCCUUUAUCUUCAAAUGAAUGAGAAGAAGCCCACCUGGAUUUGUCCUGUUUGUGACAAAAAGGCUGCAUAUGAAAGUCUGAUAUUAGAUGGGCUCUUCAUGGAAAUUCUCAACGAGUGUUCUGAUGUGGAUGAAAUCAAAUUCCAAGAAGAUGGUUCUUGGUGCCCCAUGAGACCUAAGAAAGAAGCUAUGAAAGUAGCCAGCCAGCAGUGUACAAAAAUAGAAAGUUCAAGUGUCUUUAGUAAACCUUGUUCAGUGACUGUAGCCAGUGAUGCAAGCAAGAAGAAGAUAGAUGUUAUUGAUCUAACAAUAGAGAGCUCUUCUGAUGAAGAUGAAGACCCUCCUGCCAAAAGGAAAUGCAUCUUUAUGUCUGAAGCACAAAGCAGUCCGACCAAAGGGGUUCUCAUGUAUCAGCCAUCUUCUGUAAGGGUGCCCAGUGUGACUUCGGUUGAUCCUGCUGCUAUUCCACCUUCAUUAACAGACUACUCAGUACCAUUCCACCACACGCCAGUGACAAGCAUGUCAUCAGACUUGCCAGGUUUGGAUUUUCUUUCCCUUAUUCCAGUUGAUCCUCAGCAGUACUGUCCUCCUAUGUUUUUGGAUAGUCUCACCUCAUCCUUAACAGCAAGCAGUGCGUCUGUCUCCACCACCAGCCCCCAUGAAAGCAGUACUCAUGUUAGUUCAUCCAGCAGCAGGAGUGAAACAGGGGUCAUAACCAGCAGUGGGAGUAACAUUCCUGACGUCAUCUCUUUGGACUAAAGGCAGACUCACUUGAUUCUGGGAAUCAUUAAUCAAAACUACUCUUUCUUGGAUGUCUAGUCCAUGGAAACUAAUUUUUGCAUUUAAUAUUUAUUGAAAUGUCAAAUGGAUUCUUGGCUUUCUAAGAGAUGAACACAGAUGACUCCAGCAAGAACCAAAUGACAUGCAAGGACUUCUUAUGCUGUAUGUACACUGAACAUCAGAUCUACUCAUCCACAGCAAUGUCUUCUGGAGCCGUGGAUUUCAGUUUCUACAUUACUGGAUGGAUUCUACAAACCAGUUAAUCUUUUGUUACAAUAAACAGCAAUAAAAUUAUGUAAAUAGUUAAA